UCAGUUGGUUAGAGCACCCGUUUAGUAAGCGGGAGGUCUUGAGUUCGACUCUCAAUGAAAGCAGGGUUUGCACUUUCUCCCAUCUGGGCCAUUCUCUCUAUUUCCAAUUCCAAUAUUGGGCCUCAAGAAUCAAUUCUCUCCUGCCUUUAUUAUCCCCCUUCUUUUUUUUUGUUUUUUCCCUUGUUUGUGAUACCACAAAUCGCUGAACCUCCGCCGGUUUCAAACUCGGUGUUCGCCGCUGCUAUCGGCUACAAAUCCCACCCACCCAAUUUCCCUUUCUCAGAUCCCGAUUUCACUCAAAAAGUGUCCCGAAAGAUGCAUCUUCAAUUCUUCAUCCGGUCCCCAAUUCACCAAACCUUAACACUAACCCUAGAUCCCACCCAAUCCCUACCCCUUCACCACCUCAAAUCCUCUCUCCUUCGAAAUCCCCAAUCCCUCUCAUCUUUCUACUUCACCCUCAAUGGGAAACCCCUCUCUGAUUCCACCCUUCUCCCAAAUCCCCAAAUUACUCAUCUCUCCACCCUCUUCCUCCUCCCCCGCCUCUAUGGCGGCGGUGGCGAUGGCGGCGCCACUGGAGCCGAGUCCCGGGACUGCUAUCUCAAGAUGUACGCCGUUAAAAGGCCCGAUAAAGUCGACCCCAAUGAGCAAAGGCUCGGUAAGUGGCUCAAUUGUGCCUUAUCUAAUGAGCCCUUAAGAGAACCUUGCGUGAUUGAUAAAUUGGGGAAUAUUUUCAAUAAGGAAGCUCUUGUUGAAGCUUUGUUGAGUAAGAAAUUGCCCAAAGAGUUCAGACAUAUAAAAGGUUUGAAAGAUAUGGUUGAUGUUAAGUUGUCCAUGAUUCCCGGGAAGGAAUCAAAUGCUGCUGAUGGUGCCACGUUUCAGUGCCCGAUAACGGGGCUUGAAUUCAAUGGGAAGUAUAAGUUUUUUGUGUUGAAGAAUUGUGGGCAUGUGCUUAGUGCCAAGGCUUUGAAAGAGGUUAAGUCGUCAGCUUGUUUGCUUUGUCAUAAGGAGUUUGUGGAGUCUGAUAAGAUGGUGAUUAAUGGAAGUGAGGAGGAGGUAGCAGCCUUGAGGGAGAGGAUGGAGGAAGAGAAAGCGAAAACAGUGAAGGAGAAGAAGAAAAGGGGAAUUGAUGUUCUUGUGGAAGGGGACAAGGGUUGUUGUAAAUUGGAAGGGAAUAGAAAACUUGAGAAUGGGAAGGGAUUCAUUAAUGGUGGGAUGAAGAAGUUUAGAGCUUCAGAUGUGGCACCGGCUAAUGCUACUAAGGAAGUUUAUGCUUCUAUAUUUACUUCUUCGAAGAAGUCUGAUUUUAAGGAAACUUUUACCUGUAGAUCACUACCACUUGGUCGAAAUUGAUGGUGUCGAUUGUACUUUGGUAAAGGUGAUCUGUCGGUGUUUUUCUUUGUUUGUUCAUGAAUGGAGACUAUUGAUGUGUUUUGAGGUCGCCUUUCCGUCUUUGUAUUUUUCCAUUUUUACUGUAACUGAAUUGGAUUUUACUUGUUUAAUCUAGAAUUCUAGUACAUAUUUAAUUUCAAUAGUGAAUUGUCAUUACAUGCUUUAUUACUUGCUUUGGUAUGAUGAAUCUUGAAG